ACGGCGAGGUGGUCGGGCUUCAGUCAGUCAGUCACAUAGCAAGCGCCGGCCGCGCUACACGUAACCGAGUCGACUCCGAGCGAACUAUGAAACUUGCCGUGUUUAUCGUGUUUCUUGCUGCUGCUGCGGCACAGGACAAGCUGCCGCGUCCUCCGCCUCUGCAUCGCGAACAGUUCAGAGUAAUAUACGAGUGGCGGACUGUCGACUUCGAGUGGGAAUCUCCGAAGGACCGUGAAACCUUCCUCAACACCAGCCGCUACAUCCCCCAGAAUGUGUUAAUAUCGGGCAUCAACUUUUACAAGGACAAUAUAUUUCUCACGCUACCCCGAAUGCUCGAUGGUGUACCGGCCACUCUCGCAUACAUCCCUACAAAUCAAAAUGAUACGACGGCUCCGAAGCUGAAACCUUUUCCCAGCUGGAGCGCCAACACCAUGGACGAUUGUUACGCUCUACAGUUUGUGCAGAACAUCGAAAUCGAUCGCAAUGGUAUGAUGUGGAUUCUGGAUAACGGUCGCGUCGGUACUCUGACACAAAGCCCAAACGCUAAGUGUCCGCCUUCGAUAGUGUUAAUUGAUCUGAAAACAGGGGAGAACAAAUUAGAGCGCUACCCCCUACCAGCAGACAUAGUCAAUCCUAGCACGACAUACUUAAACGAUUUAGUGGUUGAUAAUCGUGAUGGUGAUUUCGCGUAUAUAACCGAUAACAGCGCGGUGGAUCCAGGUAUCAUCGUGUUCAGAUUAAGCGAUAAAAAGUCGUGGAAGUUGCGCGACACAAAGUCAAUGUCAUCGGUUCCGGAAGCUGCAAUUUUCCGCAUCAAUGGCACCACAGUAAACCUUCCCGUGAACAUCGACGGCAUUGCUAUGGGACCACAGUUUUUAACUGAAGAUGAGACUGUAGACCGAACGGUUUACUAUUGCCCGCUUGCAAGUUUUAAUAUGUACGCUAUCAAUGCAUCUGUGCUACGAAAUGAAUCUCUGGCUGUCAUGGGUGAAGGAGCUCUGCGUCCCUACGUAGUUAAUCUCGGUACUAAAGCCUCACAAACCGACGGUAUGAAAAUGGACUCAACGGGCGCACUCUUUUUCGGACUGAUUGGCAACUCAACCAUAGCAGAGUGGAACACCACUGUCGAUUUCCGCACGGGUCAACGUACGAUCGCCCGCGAUCCAAACUACAUCCAGUGGGUGGACCGCUUCACUUUCGACGAUCGCGGCAACCUGUAUGUUAUUGUGAACAGAUUGUAUAAUUUCGUGAAAAACCAAGUAUCUGUAGAUGAAGUCAACUAUAGGAUUCUGAGGUCGUACACUGGGCUGAAAAGCUAUAUAUAUGCCGAGGAUUUGAUGCCAGAAAAACCUCCGCAAUCAUCCGCGGCAGCUCCCACGCUCGCCGCAUCCCUGCUGGUAUACGCUCUGGCACGUUUGUUCGCUUAGGCAGGUUCUGGUCAUAUCCUUGGCCCUGUAAGUCACAUUAUGCGUCGCUAGGACUGAUGCGUGUAACAUUACCAAAUAUUAAAAGUUACCUUGACCUCGUGGUCUUUUCAGUGAUAAUUCGCAGUGUAGAUAGCUUUGUAUAAUAUUUAAGUUUAAGUGUAUUAUUAGGUGAAUCUUGCAUGCGACCUUUUUGAUAAUCGAAGGCGUGCUGAAGACGAUCCGUGUCGUUGCAUGUGAAACAAAAGGUCGGGGACGCGUUGCCAAAUGCCGUUUCACCACUCAACAUUCCAUCUAUAACUUUAAAUAAACAAAAAUUUAUACGAUCAUUAGUUAUUUUUUAAUGUAGAAGAGUUACAAAUAGUGAUGGUGCAACGUAAGUAUGCAACAAAAUUUUAGUACUGGAAAUUAUUUUUUAUGACGUCAUAUGAAUUUAAUGACGAAUUUUUAGUACUUAAAUCUCGGUCGGUCCCGUAAUGUGCGAUAUAUAUUAUGCAUAAAUAUCUUAACACUUUCUUUAUCUUUAAUAUUAAGUCGAUGGCCAAUGAAUUAAUAGUAGAGUUCUUCCCUUGUUAAUCAUUUUAGAUAAGCUAAGUUGGAAAGCUAAUUUAUUUAUAUUCAUAUCAUUAUAAUACUUAGUUAUUUAUGAUACAAGUGCGCAAAGUUGGUAAUUACGAGUCCCAUAUUUUAAGCCGUCGCGUAGUCGAGAAAUUACCUACCAGCGCCGAGAAUUUUUUUUGCUGACAUGUAUAAUUUUACAUUUUUCAAUACAUUUGUAAAUAAACUACAACAUUUAACAUACUGACCGUCUUAGCUAAUCAGCUGUAAAAGUAUAGAUAAAUGUUUUGUAAACAGCUUGAUACUUUUUCUCUUACUUGUCUUAUUAUGUAAACAAUCGAUUAACUAUCGCAUACCUUAAAACCAUCGAAAGAAAUAUAAUAAAAAUCAAUCAUCGAAAGAAUAACUUCAUAAUAGAAAAUCUGACUUUUAUGUGAAGUACUUCGGAAAUUGAAUUAAUGUUAAAUAUGAAUUCUGCUAGAAACUGUAAUGUGUAACAUAUUCCGGGCGUUCUGUGACAGCCAAAAUAUUAUUAACACAUUUAAUUUUGUAAUUUUAAAGCAAAGGCUUAAGAAAUUAUUGUUUACAAGAAAGACAAAUAAGAAAAAAAACUAUAAUACAGUUUAAGUUCUUAACAAGCAAAUGUAUUGAAAAUCUGCUAAGGCAAUAGAGAUAAGCGGUAAUAUUAAAUGAAUGUAUGAUAAACCUCAUAUUAUAUAUCUGGAAUAAGAGUGUUUCUUACAUUUAUGGUUGUGAGGCUAUGUGCGACUAGAAAUAAACGUGUUUAUCAUAUUAUAA